AUGGAAGACAACAAGGCCAUCGCACGAGACGUCAUCAACUGGCUCUGUCGUGAUGAUGUUAUUUUCCAACACAUCAAAAAUCUAGGUGAUCCUACCAAGCUCCGGAGCAUGAAGGGUGUUCUGCAGAGGUUUAAAGAAAAGGGGUAUUUGAAUGAUCAAGGUUGGACAGAUAAAAUAGAUUGUCCUGACUUGAAAGCACCUCACUUUAAUCGCCAACAAGGUGGCGGGUCCAGCACAGAAGAUCGUAUGACCAAGUUUAUGAAUCGUUCAGUCGAAGAGGUGCUUUUGCUAGCAGGCGAUUCAAAGAUUAAGCGGAUUUGGAGUUCGGAAUAUUGUCAGAAACCUCUUCCUGGCGACCCUCUUGUUCAGGACUGGCGUUGUGUCUUCACGCUAGCUGAGAUGAAGCAGCACGGUGUUGACAUGGAUAAACCGGAGUGGUUUGAUGAGAUGGCAAAGCGAGCUAACACGAUCUGGAGUUGUCAGGAUGCUCGCAACUUUGUCAUCAUCUUGAUGUUCGUGGGCGAAGCGUUUACAUUUGCAUUUUUCGAUUGCAGAGGCGCUGUUUGCCUUGAUAUGCUAAACAUCAUGGACGAUACGGAGGAAUUCCUUCAGCUUGUUUUAUACUUAUCGCUGGCUGAUCCUGGUAUGGUGGGUCUGGAGACAUCCAUCAUGCAGAACGAAGCUGGGCGAUUUAUACGAUCAAGAGUUUUCGGUCCCGAGGUGCCAAUCAAUAUGGUACUGUUCAUCAGCAAUAAUAUUCACGGACGCAGGACCAUGGCCCAUCAUGUCACGCUGUCACGUGAGCGCAUUGCGCAGGCAUUGCAAUCGGGUGGGUCUUGGGGCGCCAUGGAGAAAUGGCUCAAGGGAAUGGAGAAGGAGGUGGAUGUGGUGGUGAAAGAUACCUGGGUUGAUCUCACCGCACCACACACAGAAGGGAUGAUUCUCAACUACCUUCGACUGAAAGGCGUCCAGGGUGUUACGCGUUUGCUCUUUGAGGGACUUGUUGUUGGCCCUGCUUCACCACCUCCACACUUUCAACUUCAUGAUCAUCCGGGCAUCGGUUCACUGAAGGAUAUCAGCGCCAUAUCUCAGACUGGCGACAUCAAUGUCUGGAGCAGCACUGUCUACAACCGGUCUUUUUGGGGUGUUCCAACACUGGCCUUGGCACACAAGAGCAUGGCUAGGAGCGUCAACAAAUAUGAUCACAGCCAUCCUGUGCCUGAAGGCGUCACCGUACCAAAGCUGGAACCUGUGACUCGUGAAGUUUACCAGGACUGUGUCUAUGAGGCAUUAGUUGCGAUUGCGGAUUGCAUCCGAUCACAUGGCCAGGCAUUUUCGCCCUACAUCAUCUCAGAGGGUGGCAAUGAGACCGACGAAUUAUUUCCCAUCUCCUUUAUGCAAGCUGACACAUCCAUGUGGAACAUGGGACUUGUUCAUCCAGCGAUGUCAGACUGGGGUUACAUUGAUCAUACCAGAAUUGAUCCAAGCAAUAUUCGACGCGGCCUGUUGUACGAUCAUGCGUUUGCCUCCUGGAAUACGCGAAGCACAUCUAUGAGAGGAAGACCCCCAUCAAAGAUCUUUGCCAAGCAUGCUGGCACCGCUUCAACGCUGUCCUCCCAAGAUGAAGCCCUUCACUUUGACGAUUCUCUGGUUCACCAUCCUGCACAUUCUCCUGCUCAUGCUUCGGUUUCUCAUACUCUCGCCCCAUGCAAUUCUGCCUCUGGUACUUCUACCGAUACUUCUGCCGCUCCUUCAGCUUCUUGUGCACCAGCCGCACCAACAAACGUCUCCCCCGUCCCACAUUCGGACGCACCUUCAAUGUCAAUAAUCCCUUCUGCACCCCCAACUUCCAUGAUCCCUUCUCAACCAGCUUCAACUGCACCUUCACGUGGAAGACGUGGGACGGGUAAAGGCAAAGGCAAACAAGGAGGACGAAAGGGCACAGAUGGGAGAAAAAGUACCCCUGGUGCUGUCAAUGCCCCUCCCGAUUCCUCUGCUGCUACACGCAAGCGCGGUUUUGAUAGCGUUUCUCAAGGCAAGCCGGCUGACGGUCCAUCCAAACGACAAGCUCCCCUUCAUCACGUACCGAAGGUGAACAUCAAGCCCAAGCACGUUGUCCAAAGUCUUCAAGUCGAUGUUGCUGGCUACGGCUCUUUGAAUAUCGACAAUGACUUAGAAUGA